UUGUCCAUAUUGGUCACGUCAUUCGGAUUACAAAUCUUGACUAGCAUCAUGCUUUUCCAAAAAAGUUUGUUAGUGGGGCUAACGGUUUUGGUCGUAAUUUUGUUGAAUAUCGAUCAAGGAUUUGCUUUGAAAUGUUAUAAUUGUGACAGUUUAUCUGAUGAAAAUUGCGUAAGUAAUUUCAAAAGUGCUAGUUACCAGAUAAAUUGUACCGAUCUCAAGCAACCAUGGGUGGAAUUCAAAAACAAUCUAUUAAAUGCGAGUGAUCCAAAAGCUCACGCUGCUUUUGAGUGCGUAGAAAUCAAGGAAUUGAAAGAUGUGGCUAAAAAUAAAAAUAUUAUACUGAGAACGUGCCUGCCAGCGGGUUUGAGUGAAAAAUAUUUGAAAGAUAGUUUUGAACGGUACAAUCUAACGCUCAAAAGUGCAAAUAUCUGCGGCAAAGAUUUUUGCAACUCAUCAUCAAACAUCUUCGCUGGCAUUUCAAGCUUAGUGAUCUCUAUUAUAUUGCUGUUUUUAAAUAAAUAAAUUAUGCGUAUGAUUUUUAAGAAAAAAAAUCAUUAGAAUAUAGUAUUAUAAUGUGUUUGUGAUUAUACAUAUGAUAAAUAUAAAACGUUUUCAAUUUAUCAAUACUU